GUGGUUACACAGCGUAUGUCAAUGCGAUCCACUUUCGGUUGCCUUUUCUUUCCUCUUAACACGCAACAGGCUUUGCCUCGAAUAAUGUAAGCAGUGUGGGGGAGGCGUCGGCUUGACAGGACGCCAUGCGUUUGUUCAAGUACUCCCGCCUGGACUUCCUCCUCACUUGCGUGGGUCUGGUUUUCCUGCUGCUGGACAUCGUGCUGGACAUCGUCGCCGUUGUGGCGUUCUACCAGGAACGGGCCUACGCCAGCCUGGGCAUCCUGCUGCUGCUUCUCCUGGGCUCGUCCGUGCUCGUCCAGGCCUUCAGCUGGCUGUGGUACAGCUACGACCGAUUCAAGAGGACAACCAAGGUGGAGAGCUGCCUGACCAAGGGGCAGCUCAAGCUGCUGCACAUGCUGCAGCUGGGAAUCUACUUCAGGCACGCGGGUGUGGUGGAGGUCUCCCUGGGGAGCUCCUCAAAGGUCACGGACUCCGAGGGCAUCGCCGUGUACCUGAGCCACGACCUGAGCAUGCUGCGGCUCAUUGAGACGUUCUCGGAGAGCGCCCCUCAGCUCGUCCUCAUGCUCACCAUCAUGCUGCAGCGCGGCGACCUCCAACCCAUCACAGUGUUGAAGGCCCUCGGGUCGGCCUCGGCAGUGGCCUUCAGCGUGACCAUGUACCACCGCUCGAUGCGCUCCUUCCUGCCCGAAAAGGAGAAGCAGCCGGGGCUGUCGUCGGUGGUCUACUUCCUCUGGAACCUGUUCCUCCUGUCGUCCCGCCUCGUCGCCCUCGCCCUCUUCGCCUCCGUGCUGCCCUGCUUCAUCUUCGCCCACUUCCUGUCCUCCUGGGCGGUUCUGUCCUUCUUCGCGUGGCGAUCCAAGACCGACUUCAUGGACAGCGCUUGGGGGGAGCGGCUUUACCGAGCCACCGUGGGGCUCAUCUGGUACUUCGACUGGUUCAACGUGAGCAAGGGGAGGACGAGGUACAGGACGCUGCUGUACCACGCCUACAUGCUGGUGGACGUCGCCCUCCUCUGCGCCCUGUGGGGCUGGCAGAUGAGCACGGAGCCGCCCGGCUUGGAAGUCGUGGGCGUCGGCGGGGGCGUGGUGGGCCUUUACGUCCUGGGCCUGGUCUUGAAGAUGCUGUACUACCGGUGCUGCCAUCCCAACGUGGCCAAGGGGGAGCUGGGAGGGGACCCGGGAGGGGACCCCAUCGUCGAAAGGCAGUGUACCGACGAGAUCGAUGUUAUCGUGUGCCUGGCCUCCAUCGAGGCCCCCGCGGGUGAAGACCAAGCGGACGAGGGGGUCGCCGUGGAUCGCAGCGGGCCGAGGGAACCGCCAUCCGUCACCAGGGGCUGCAAUAAGAGAAUGAGGAAGUUGGCCGAAAACUUCUACUCCUGACCGGCGUCACAUGGCGGCCAGCGGACCCGGGGGUCAGGCGGAGGCAGCCCGGCAACUCACCGUCAGGGGGUUUUGUGGCUUAAUGUUCCACCUCAAGGCGGCUGUAUUCUGCUGUAAGCAGAUUAUCUUCCUUUUUUUUUGUACUAUUUAAAUGUAGGAAAUUGAAUGUUAAGUAAUCUGGGAAAAAAGUCCAGUAUUACAAUAGUUUGGGGUGUUUGUUCACGUUAGCAACCAUCUGCGGUUUGGUUUACAGGAAAUGGCCCCUUUCGUUUUUAGGUUGGAUUUUUAUUCAUGGUUUGUGUGGUUUUGCAUCAUGUGUGAAAACAUGUUUUUUUUUUUACAUUCUUAUUACAAUUAAAAUAGGAAAGCUAAUUUAUAAACAAUAAACUAUUUGAAUGAGAUGAAACCUUUCUGAUGUCAUUUAUGGUCGGCUUUUUCUUUUUUUUCUCCAAUGCAUUUAACUGUCAAUAUAAACCCGUCGCUUAUAUUGAGUCAUCGACAAUUAAGUAUUUUAUUUAAUUAGCUCUUUGUUACAGCGGCAAAAGAGAAAUAGUGCAAGCUAUGCAAAUGAAGAUUUUAAUUUAAUCUUUAAAAAAAUGCAUCACUACGAUUGAAAAUUGUGUAGUUGUUCCAACAUAUUCAUACUAGAGAUGCAGAUUAUGUCAUUGUAUUUGCAGUAAUAAAUACAGAAACAUUUUAAUGGUUUAUUUACACUGUAUCGAAGGUCUAAAAAAGGUACACAGGUCAACCGUCCAGGACUGUGCAGGUCCUGAAGCCUACUAGUGAUUAUUGUCAUUAAAUUAGCAUUGAUUACUAGAAGUGUUGGGGCCAGAGGGUCCCAUCCAGGCUCAUCUACUCUAUGCUCACAGGUCCUUGAUGAUGAGAUGAAAUGAGAUUUUUUUUAAACAAACACGCAUUAAAAAAAAAAAAAAAAAAGAUGCA